AUUGAUUCUGUAGACGCGCUUCCAAGGUUCUAGUUGAGAACAUUUCUAGAAGGCGUUUGAAAUUAUCGUUGGUGUCCAAACACCGUCGCGAAGAAUUCGACUUUGUUUCCACUAUGCCCGCUAUUCUUGACAAUGAUGAACAACUCACUGAGGACAUCGACAAUGGGGCAACGCCAUUACCGUUUCCACCAGUGACUAAGGCCCAUAUAUUGCAUUGCUCGUAUAACUAUUGGCACCCUAGAUUUCGAAACAUAACUCCGAAGGCCCGUUUGAUUCCCUUAAGCAAGCCAUUCCUAGAUUACCUUCGUGCGGAUGGGAUAGUGCUGCCAUCGGACGAAGAUACUACUCCAGUACAAUGGUCCGACAGGGGUAAAAGCAUCAUUUCAGCUCCGGCAGCGGCUACUGGAGAGGAUGAAGACGAUGACGAAGACGAAGACGAAGAUGUUGCAGCCGAGUGGCGAGACAUACAUACGGCCAUCUCGAAGACCAUAGCAGAGCUAGGUGGUAGUGUCGUGCCGAAGCUCAAUUGGUCAGCUCCCAAGGACGCCACCUGGAUGAACAGUAACACGAUGGCUUGUCGAGUGCCUAGUGACGUGUACCUGUUGUUGAAAAGUUCUGAUUUCGUUACCCAUGAUCUAGAACAUGCAUUCGACGAUUGUGUCGACUCCCCUGAGUCAAGCAUUGAAUCCGAGGAGAUCUCUUAUGCUCUGGUUUUAAGGAAGACCAUCGAGAAGAUCAAUCCGUCACUUGAAUUCAGAUGUUUCGUUCGUGGUCGAAAAUUGCUGGCGAUAUGCCAACGCGACUUGAACCAUUACAAGUUCCUUUUCCCGUUGCAAAACAAGAUCCGAGACAUUAUAUUGGAAUUCUUUGCAGUUCGCUUACGAGAUGCAUUCCCAGACGAGCAUUUUGUUUUCGAUGUCUAUAUUCCUCCCCCUCACGACAGGGUUUGGCUGAUAGAUUUCAAUCCUUGGGCACCACGAACGGACCCUCUGCUCUUCGGAUGGCUUGAAUUGUUAACCAUGGAUGAGCCCCCAGAGUCUCUUUCACAGCCGCUUGACGAAACAAAGUUUGUUCGGUUAAGCAUUCGAGGAUCAGAAGGCUGUAGUUCGACUUCGGGAUUAGAGGAACAAGCUACUGAGGAAAGCGAGUUCGACGAUAAUGAUGACCUCGACGCCGAUGACGACGAUGAUGAUGAUAUCGAGGAAGAGGAUGCCGAGGAGGAAUUCUGGCUGCCCGAGCUCAGACUGGUCAGGAAAGACGACCCUGAGGCAAACAGCUUCAGUACGCCUCAGUACAGCGCUCAUAAGCUCCCACGAGAUGUCGUGGAUGCAAGCGCAAGCGGCGAAGGCCUACGCGAAUUCGCUCGAGACUGGGAAAAGCUACUUGCGAAGAGUCAAGAAAAGGAUCAAGACAUACAGAGUAGUGAUGAAGAGUAGAAUGUUUUCAUUAUACAGAAAAACAGGGGUGCGAGCUUUUCCAGAUGUGUAAAGAGGCCAUUGUCCAGGUCUAAGCCACAGACGCCUCACAUCGCGCCCAACCUUUUCAGCAUAUUGCAAGUACAAUUCACAUUCAUAAAAAUAUCACACUGCAAUAGGUAGCCACGUUGCAAUUACCACAUCGUAAAAAUGCUAGGACAGCCGUCUGCAGGUAGUGAGGAACAACGCGACAGGGUACUCCAAGGAAAUAUAAAAAGCCGACCUUGACGAAAUUAUAGUUAG